AUGGACCUGGUUAACUGGCUUGAUGUGGCUGUUUUGCUCUCACUCUGGCAGCGCAUAGAAGGCAUGCGAGCCGCCAAGGAAUGGACAUAUGCAGACUGUCCAUAUGAGGCCAUCCUCAGCAGCAGCAAAUGGGAUUCAGGUGAUGAGAAUUCCAACCAGAAGUAUUGCAUCAGAAUAGAUCAUGCAGGUCUGGAGAGCAAAAGGGGAGCUGCAGGACAGUCAGAAUGGCCAGUUUUGUUCCCCGAGUGUGGCGGGUCCUCACAGUCCCCCAUCAAUGUGGACACUUCAAAAACUCAGUAUGACCCAUCCCUUCCUGAGUUACGGCUGCUGGGAUAUGAGCAGUAUGGUCACAAACCCUUCACAGUCUCCAACAAUGGCCAUACAGUGGAGAUCCCGUUGCCAAGUUGGAUGGGUUUGGCUGGUUUGCCAUGGCAGUUUAGCGCUGUUCAGCUCCACCUGCACUGGGGAAAUGGAGUGGGUGUCGCUACAGGAAGUGAGCAUAGCAUCGAUGACCAGAGUGCUUCUGCAGAGCUCCACGUAGUCCACUAUAAUUCCGAGUUGUAUUCUAAUAUUUCUGAAGCUAAAACCCAAGAAAAUGGCCUGGCUGUUCUCGCAGUGCUUAUAGAGACAGGUGAGGAGACCAAUCAGGCAUAUGCUAACAUCGUGAACUACCUGGGCCGCAUCAGGCACGCAGGUCAGCGCGUGCUCAUUCCGGCAUUUGACGUAGGGACCCUGCUCCCCGGAGACCUGAGCCAUUAUUUCCGCUACAGUGGCUCACUCACUACACCUCCAUGCCACCAGAGUGUGCUGUGGACUAUCUUCUUUGAGAAGGUCAAGAUUUCUCACUCCCAGUUGCUGAAGUUGGAGACAGUGCUGUACUCCAGCAGACCUGGCUCUGCCAACCCCAAGCCUCUACAAGACAACUAUCGCACCACACAACCACUCAACAACCGGACAGUGCUCUCUUCCUUUAUCCCCGUUUCUGCAAAGAUCUACACAGCUGGUGAAAUCUCAGCCAUUGUAGUGGGCUGUCUGUGUGGCUGUGUAGGCCUGGCCGUGACGGUACACUUUAUCAUAAAGACAAUUCGCUCGAUGUCAAGCUGGGACGUCCUGUCGAGCGUACGAUCGCCUCCCGACCACAGGUCACAGUUAACCUUUGACCUUUUCUUUUCAUCACCACUUACACCAAACAUUUUUCUCCUUUUAUGUCUUAUAUCACUAUAUACCACUUUCUAGUCCUGCCCCCUGCAUUCGUUCUUGUAAAAUUAGAUAAGCAUGUGUUUAACAACAAUAACAGCUAAAAUGUCUUAUUGUGAGUCUCAAAUGCACCUCCCAUACUCAUUAUAUAUUAUUAUUCACAAUAUACAUCACAUAGCCACACCGAUCAAUAGCAUAUGACAACUGAUGCCUAACAUGCUCGGAAGCUAUACUUUGAAUACGUUUGCAACUGAAUUUUUUUUUACAAAUUAUUCAUCAGGGUUUCUUCCAAAGAUGGAAAAUCAAAAACGUUCUUGAUUUUGAAGUGACCAAUGCAACGUUCACUAGCCCUUAUAUUCCUCGCUAUAUA